CCAUCCCCGAGUCACGGUUGACUCCCGUCCAGUGAGACGUGAAGGCAGCCGCGGAAGUAUCGGCUUUCAGUUCAACAUGGCUUCAAGUGCGACGAGUUGAGAAAAACCAGGGCUAUUUUCAAUCUCACCACUCCCGAGACGUCAAACGAGGAAAAAGAGUUGGGAAAUAUAUUCAAAAAGCUGCUUUUAUUCAAGUCAUGGUGAGAAGACACUGACCGGAUCGCUCAGGUUUACACAGUGUGGGCUUCCGCCGUCAUUAACAAGACUGCAGUCUGAUGCCAUCGCUCUCCAUUCCGCCUGCCAUGGACGGGCACAUCUUUUCACAUUCGGACGGACCUCAACUGGAUGCCGGGGGGUUCAUCCUUGCACACCCUAUGAGCCAUGUGUUUGCCAGCAACCCUUGGAGCGUCCCCCAUCAGACCUACAGCUUGCCCUGUCCCGUGCAAUCUGAAAACCAGCAGCAGCAUCUCAGCGGCCCGUCAGACAUGCACACGGAUUUGUUUCCCAACGGCCUCAGUGACUUUGAUUUGCCGAGUCUGAAUCUCUCUCAGAAUGAAGACCUUCCUCUGGACCUCCGUUGUCUGGAUGAUCUUUCGAUCUUCUCCCCUCCGACCGACUCCUUAACCGAAUACACCGUUAAUAACUUUAUUAAUACUGACAUGCCUCCCAACGUGCCUACGAUAUGGGACAUCAAAACACCAGCAUCAGUCCAAGAGUUGAAUCCUAACAGGUUUCAAGGUUUAAACUCGUUAGAUGACAUCACUGCUAUCAUUAAUACACCACCCAUAGGAGGUUAUCAGCAAAUUAGACCCCAAACACAGCCAGAAGAGGAAGAGGAAGUCGAGGUUGAGGAGGCAGAAGAGCUGGGUCAUGUUGACACCUAUGCAGACUACAGACCCUCUAAAUCCAAGAUAGGAAUAUCCCAUCCAGACCGAGUGGUGGAGACCAACACUUUGUCCAGUGUACCUCCUCCUGAUAUCACCUACACCCUGUCCAUCCCAGAGACCAUCAUAAACAGUGGACAGCUCUCUGCCUUGCAGCUGGAGGCCAUUAUCUACACCUGCCAGCAACAUGAAGUGAUUCUGCAGAACAACCAGCGGGCCGGCUUCCUCAUAGGGGACGGCGCUGGAGUGGGUAAAGGCCGCACAGUGGCUGGCAUCAUUCUAGAAAACUACCUAAAGGGAAGGAAGAAAGCACUAUGGUUCAGCGUCUCCAAUGACCUGAAGUAUGACGCAGAGAGAGAUCUCCAAGACAUCGGUGCACCCAAUAUACAAGUGCAUGCCUUGAAUAAGAUAAAGUACGGAGACACAGCUACCUCAGAAGGGGUCCUGUUUGCGACCUACUCAGCACUAAUUGGGGAGAGUCAGGCGGGCGGCCAACACCGAACGCGCCUAAAGCAGAUCUUAGACUGGUGUGAGCCGGGUUUUGAUGGAGUUAUUAUAUUUGACGAAUGCCACAAAGCCAAAAACGCAACAUCCACAAAGAUGGGCAAGGCCGUGCUGGAUCUGCAGAACAAGUUGCAGUCAGCCAGAGUAGUAUACGCCAGUGCCACAGGUGCCUCGGAGCCAAAGAACAUGAUCUACAUGAGCCGCUUGGGGAUCUGGGGAGAGGGAACGCCCUUCAGAACCUUUGAUGACUUCCUCCACGCCAUUGAGAAGAGGGGCGUGGGGGCUAUGGAGAUCGUGGCGAUGGAUAUGAAGGUCAGCGGGAUGUACAUCGCACGUCAGCUCAGCUUCUCAGGAGUCUCAUUCCGCAUAGAAGAGAUCAGCUUGGAUGAAGAUUUCAAACUUGUGUACAACAAAGCUGCUAAACUUUGGGCGGAAGCUUUAGCCGAGUUCAUGCAGGCUGCUGAUGAGCUCUGCAUGAGUUCCAGGAAGUCCCUGUGGGGUCAGUUUUGGUCGUCCCAUCAGCGUUUUUUUAAAUACCUCUGCAUCGCCGCCAAGGUUCGCUGCCUUGUGGAACUGGCAAAAAAGGAGCUGGAAGCAGGGAAGUGUGUCGUGAUAGGGCUACAGUCAACAGGUGAGGCUCGAACCAGAGAAGUCCUUGACGAAAACGAUGGACACUUAGAAAGAUUUGUCUCUGCUGCUGAGGGUGUGUUUCGGUCACUGGUCCUCAAACACUUUCCGUCCGAGAAGCAGAGGAUAGAAAAAGGAGCAGGGAACAAGAGGAAACGUAAGCCACGGGGACGGCAGCCAAAACAACCCCGGCACGGCACUGAUGUAGCGGGAGUGAUCAACAUCAGCGAUGACAGCAGCACAGAGUCUGACGUCUUGGAUAGCGACUCCAACUCCUCGCCAGACUCAGUCCAAGACAACAACGACGAUGUCAUCUUCGUCGAUCAAACCAGCUACCAAAUGGCACGGUUAGAGGAGAAAAAACAAGGGCUUCUCAACAAGAUCGCUGAGCUGGGAAAAGAACUACCUCUUAACACACUGGAUGAGCUCAUUGAUAAAUUUGGAGGUCCAGAACAAGUAUCAGAGAUGACGGGACGCAAAGGCCGAGUGGUGCGUCGACCUGACGGCAGCGUCCGUUACGAAUCCCGCGCUGAGCAGGGCCACACUAUCGACCAAAUCAACGUCAAAGAGAAAGAUCGCUUUAUGAAUGGAGAGAAGUUGGUAGCCAUCAUAUCAGAAGCGGCCAGUUCUGGGAUCUCACUUCAGGCUGACAAAAGGGUGAAGAAUCAACGUCGGAGGGUUCACAUUACCCUGGAGCUCCCUUGGAGUGCAGACAGGGCCAUCCAGCAGUUUGGUCGUACUCAUCGUUCUAAUCAGGUCACAGCACCGGAAUACAUCUUCCUGAUCUCCGAACUGGCAGGCGAGCGACGAUUUGCAUCCAUCGUGGCAAAGAGGCUGGAGAGUUUGGGAGCUCUGACUCAUGGUGACAGGAGGGCCACAGAGUCUAGAGACCUUAGCAAAUACAACUUUGAAAAUAAAUAUGGCACCAAAGCUCUAGAUAAGACUACCAAAGCCAUCCUUGGUCAGAUCGAAAGCAAGGUGCCCCCUCCACAGGACUAUCCUGGUGGUGAUGCCAUGUUCUUCAAAGACAUGAAGCACGGUAUGAUGGAUGUAGGCAUGCUAUGCAGUCAAUCGCGCCUGGGCAUCAACACUGAAAAAGACUGCAAUAUCAGCAAGUUCCUCAACCGGAUACUGGGCCUAGAGGUGCACAAACAAAACUCCCUCUUCCAGUACUUUACGGACAAUUUUGACUACUUGAUCGAAAAGGACAAGAAAGAGGGCAAAUAUGAUAUGGGAAUACUCGAUCUGGCACCAGGCAAUGAUCAGAUUUAUGAAGAAACACAGGAGAAGUUUCUAACAGCGGGAAAUCCUCAGGAUGGUCAAGUUAUCCUGUACAAGAUAAGUGUAGAUAGAGGUAUGCCAUGGUUGGAGGCUAUCCAGAAGGCCAAAACUCUCAGCAACCUGGAAGAAGGCUUCUAUUUAUCCCAUAAAUUGAGAGGUAACUAUCCAUGUGUGCUGCUAGCCGUGCAAGGCCAGGAGCGCAACAUGAUCAUCUACAAACCAAACAUCGGCAAGCAGGCCCAAACGGAAAGCCUUGAGAACCUCCAACAAAAAUACCGCAAGGUCACUCCGGAGGAGGCACGGGACAGCUGGGAAAACCAGUUCACUUUCUCCUUCAGGAAAUGUAGCCAUGCUAACUGGAACGGGAGGUGCAAAAAGGUAGAGGAGGGUCAGGAGUGCAUAAUGGGCACUCGAUUGCGUCAGUAUCACAUGUUGUGUGGCGCUCUGCUCCGCGUCUGGAAGCGCGUGUCUGAUGUGGUCGCUGACAUCACCAGCUCCAGCAUUCUCCAAAUUGUCCGCCUCAAGACCAAGGACAGCAGCAAACAAGUUGGUAUCAAGAUCCCAGAGCCCUGCGUGUCAAAGGUGCGUCAGGAGUUGUUGAAGAUGGAUGCAGAGGUAAAGCAGCGACGCAGAGAGAAGGAGCAGCAAGCUCAGGAGCAGCGUCAGGCCGAGGAGCAACAGAGGCUGAUGGCACAGCGUCAGCUUCAAGAGUUUUUCACCCCCAAUUUGUUCAGCACUUUGCCAGCCCCCAACCUGCCCAGCUUACCCACCCCAUACGUUUCCUUCCCCUCAUUCCCUUCCAAUAAAAACCCUUUGGAAGAAAUCCUGGACUCCCAAGUUAGCACUCAAGCUGACCUGAGUGUGGACAACCUCUCCAGGCAAGCUGACCCUACGGUGGACAACUUCAACCUUGAAGAGUUUAUUCCAGAGCAGCCGCAGCAGGAGAGCCAGGCCAUACAGGAAAGCAGUUCAGCACUGGACAAAGACCUGUUAGACAUGCUACUGUCCUUGAACUCAUUUAUAACACCCCUUAGUCAGACUGCCCCUGCUUCUUCCUCCUCAGAUGCAGCUUCGUCAUCAGUACCCAUGGACUUUUCCAAUUCCUUUUCUUCAUCCUUGUCUGACUUCACUCCCUCGCUCACACCAUCUUCCUCGCCGCUCGUCCCUCUCCCCACUACAGACCAGCAGAUGCUCCCGUUACCCAACAGCCACUGCAGCUCUGAAGCCAUCAUAAACGUACGAGAGGUGUUGAACAGCAUGUUUCAAGGUGGAACCGAACCACACCAGUCAGUCAUUAAGUACCAACAACCCGAGUGAGAGUUUUCCAGUCGGACUCUCCUGUAAACGCGCACACACUCAGGGCUGUAGUCUGACCACGGCCGGCGUCCUUCUCCGCCAUUGGUCUCGGUUCCCCAAGCAUGAGAUUCUGCUUCACAAGACAGGAGGACGUUUGGUGUUCGCUCUGUUCUCCAGUCGAGUAUGAUCCCUACAGGAUAGUCAUCCCUGUUUCGAAUUUUAUACACUGGGCCUUCAAAGAGUAUUGAUUUACCAAAAAUAGUUCAAGCGCAAAUCUUGGGUUUUGUUUCGGUUAUAUCAUACCACAUCGUAUAGUAUCUUCGGCUCAAGAUUGAGCAUGCAGGAGUGAAAAGACACUUGAGGUACCAAUUUGGUUCCUCAUUGGGGAAGCUCCAGUCACUUUUGAAGGUUCCUCAAAUGUUCUUUUGAGAUUUUCAACGUAUAUUUGAAAUGCCUCAAAGGCUCCAAGUUCCUUAUAGAACAGUACUGACUCUCUCCAUUUGAAACUGUGCCUAGAGGUUCUACAAAGGGUUCUACCAAAGUGCCGACCAAAAGGAACCUCAAAUGGUAUCUCAAGUAUCUUUUUUUUAUUUUACCGUAUUAUCAUUUUUGUGGCAACAGAUUCCAUGUGGGGCUAGCUGAAGUUGUACCGCGAGGAGCUUAAGCUUUGUUUCGCAUCAAACUAUCAUCAGCUUUACAUUUCCACAAUGAACUUCUGCUAAACAAAACAUCCUCUUUUCAUCUGAGGAGCAAGAGAACAGGCUACUGUUGAAAUGUGCCUUUGGAACAGAAUGUAGACGUAAUCACAUACUCCUGUACCGUUCACGGGCAGAUGUUUGUAACAUAUUUAUUGCCUUUAUUUAUCAGGCCUUGAAACAGUGUGUUAGUAGGAGAGCGUGCCUACCUACAGAUCACUGACCUGUGCAGCUGUCUCUCUGUUGUUCUGAAACAGAACAGUCUUUCCUGCUGUCCCCUUACAGAACGGUAACGAUCUAUUCGAUUUAUUGAUCCCAAAAGGACUUUUGUCGCACUUUGUCCCUUUCUUAGUACAUUUCCAUUGUGACCUAGAAACUAAAAAGUCCUUUCUCCCUCACAAUCCAGCGUGGAUUAAAAAAAAAAAAAAGAUCUGAUUUCUUCGUUUGAUGCGAUGUGAAAUGCAUCUCUGGUACAGUCAAGAAGAGGCAAUAAAAUUUUUAUCCAGUUGAAUUUUAGCCCUUAUUUAAAAGAUUCAUUGCCAGAUGUAUAUGAAUAUUUGUAACGUGUACUUGAUUAUUCUUAUUUAAUUUUAAAGGGACAUGUUUUAGAUUAUUUCUGAUGUUUUGUUUUAUUGAUACUAUGAUAUUUGCAAACAGAAAGACAAACAAUUCAAAGCAAAUUCAUUUUUAUUUUA